UUAUCCUUCGGACGCCUAGCCGAAGAGCUGUUACGUCGCGCUCGCGCGCGCGCGCUUACUGAUCGUGUCGACGUGACUGGCCACAGCUGAACGCGCUUCGCGCUUUUCAAGCGACCUAUCGCUGCGGUGCGUGCUCUACACACGAGUAAAUACACAAUGGGCAAGUAUUUGGUGCUACCAGUGUUUGUACAAUUCAUCGUGCGCUAUUGUCGAGCAGAAACAUUGAUAAGCGUGCCGCAAUCGCAACCCUUCUGGAAGGACGACGAAGAGCUGGCAGACACGAUAGACUGGUCGUCGCACCCGUGUCGGCGCGCGUGCAAGGACGGCGAGGCGCCGAUGCAGUGCCACUACGUGUUCCACAUCGAGCACUACUACGCGAUGAGCAAGGCCUGCUACGAUUGUCCCUUCAAUCGCACCGAUUGCUUCAGGCCGCACUGCAUACCUGCCGACGGCGUCAAGCGGCCGCUGGUCGUCGUUAACCGGCAGAUGCCUGGACCUGCCGUCGAGGUAUGCGAAGGUGAUAGGAUAAUAGUGGAUGCAAUAAACAUGAUGCAUGCCGAUAGUACAACAUUACAUUGGCAUGGACAACACUUACACCGUAGCCCUUACAUGGACGGCACACCCUUUGUCAGUCAAUGUCCAAUUUUGCCUGGCGACACGUUUAGAUACAACUUUAUUGCUGAGACGCCAGGAACACAUUUUUGGCAUUCGCAUGUUGGUUUCCAACGAGGCGACGGUAUGUUUGGUCCAAUGGUGGUGCGCCGAACACCGAAACGGGAUCAACUUCGCAACCUUUACGACUUUGACGAUCACAUAAUGGUGAUAUCUGACUGGGACCAUGAACUUGGUUUGGAUAAAUUUUUAGCUCACUACCAUGGUGGCAGAGAUAACAAACCACCUAAUUUAUUGAUCAAUGGACUUGGCCGUUUUGAUGCUCCGGACGUGGAGGGCAAGGUUGGCAUGACCACUCUCAUGCCGACCGCGACGUUUAACGUCAGACAGGGUUACAGAUAUCGCUUUCGCAUAAUGAACGCAGAGUUUCUUAACUGCCCCAUCGAGAUUUCCAUUGACAAUCAUACACUUUGGAUCGUCAGCUCGGACGGCAGAGACGUGGAGCCCGUGGAAGCCAAGUCGCUGGUCACCUACGCGGGCGAGAGGUUCGACGUCAUAGUCGAAGCCAGUCAAAACGUCAGUAAUUACUGGAUAAGAUAUCGAGGACUGCUGGACUGCGGUCCUACCUUCACGAAAGCUUACCAAGUUGGGAUUUUGAGGUACGAGGGCGCUGCCGAUGCCGAUCCGGAAGCUGAGGUUUCGUACGAGCUCCCACCCAGAGACUCUCUGACUACGCAAAUCAAUUCGUUGAAUAAAGGAACGGAAUCGGAGGAUACUUUGAGUAUACCCAAGCUGGACGCUCUCGACCAGAAUUCCGUGGCGAACACGAGAGAACCGGAUUAUCAAUUUUUCAUCUCGUACGACUUCUAUGCAAAAGACAACGUGGAUUUCCAUCGUAGAAAUCUGUACGGAUUCCAUCAAGUGAAAGAAAAAGUGGGCACGCCGCAGCUGAAUCAUAUAUCGAUGAAGAUGCCGACGUUCCCGCUGAUGUCACAGCCGGAGCUCAUCGACGAGAGCAGCUUCUGCAAUUCCAGCACUGUGAGCGGUUGCGAAAAGGACUACUGCACCUGCCCCCACGUGUUGCAGGUCAAGCUCGGCAGCGUGGUCGAGCUGGUUCUCGUUGACGAAGGUGUGCCGUACGACGCCAACCAUCCGUUCCACCUGCACGGUCACGACUUUCGCGUGGUGGCGAUGGAGCGUCUCGCGAGCAACGUCAGCCUCGAGGACGUGCGCAGGGCGGAUCGCGAGGGACGCAUUCGCCGGAAGCUGGACAGGGCGCCGAUCAAGGACACCGUCACGGUACCGGAUGGCGGCUACACCGUCAUACGUUUCCUCGCCGAUAAUCCUGGCUACUGGCUGUUCCACUGUCACAUCGAGUUUCACUCGGAGGUGGGAAUGGCACUGGUCUUAAAAAUCGGCGAACACCAGGACUUCGCCCCGGUACCGACGGGCUUCCCUCGUUGCGGUGACUUCAAGCCCGCGAAAUCCACGAGCCCGACGUCGACGACCGCGAGGACGACGACGACGACGUCGGCGGACGAAAUACGAGACAACGAGGUCGGCACGAUGGACGAAAAGCUGCGCUCGUCCAUCGCCAGCUGGCUUCCGCUCAUACUCAACGAGUUGCGGGUUGCCAGUUCCACGGCGGCUCUGCGCGGCAUGUCCUUGGCCGCGACGACGGCCCCGGGACUGCUCGUCGCUCGGGCAUUUUUCCGAUGAGUUGCUUCUCGCGCUUUCGCGGGCUUUCCCCUGUCGCCAAUACGCUAUGCGGGUACAUGCGCGCGAGCGCGCACUCGCGAGAUUCGUCUCGCGCUCGUUCGGCGAGAAUGGGUGAUCGAGCGACCGACGAUUCGACGCGUAUUAUCUCUUUACCGCGUGUCAUUUUUAAUGAACACAACAUAUGUGCAAUUAGCCGGAUCUUAUCUUACAUAUAACUAAUUAGAUGUAAGAUAAGAUUUAGGCGACAAGUGAUAUGCGAAACAAAUGUUCCGAAUGCGAGAAUGGUUUUCCCCGAGCCGUGUGUCGUAGCGAAAGAUUCCAGUUUUGAACAUUUACAUGUACGCUUUGAUCGUCAGUUGCAAACAAAUUCAUUGAGUCUUUGAUAGUUGAUGCCUUGAAAAUAGUGAUUUGAACUGUGAUACUUGUCGAAGGAACGGAUUGCCAAGUCAAUCCGAUCGACUUCUUUUCUAAAAGCAACAACGGAUGCCCAUGCCCUGUUUUGCCGUUAAAUGCAUAUUGUUUAAACUUGAAAUCGGUAGGGUAUCGCAUAAUUCCCAAAUACUCAGACUUAUCUUGUACUUCGUUCUAGUAUUAAAAAGUAUUGUCUUAAUGAUUAACUCCGUUGUGUUGACAAGAUCGUUCUCAAUACUCAGUGCUGAGAAAGCAAUUGUAUUUGAUCACGCAGUAUUGACGCUCAUUAUUUUAAAUGAGUCGAGUAUUCGACAAUCAGUAGUCUUACUCAUUUAAAUUACAAUCCCAUUGCGAUUCACCUUUGUCAAGCCGUAAACUUAGUAACAGCUGUUGUCGUCACACGCAUUUUCCUUAAUCUAUGAUGUACAGUAUAUGCGUAUAGUUUAAUGCUUGUGUGUGUCUUAAAAACAUAUUUAGAUGUAAAGAAGCUUUUAAUUAGCCCAUCCUUAAUAAAUUAUUUGUAAUUUCUA